AUGCUCAGCCUUUUCUUUUCUCCCCACAGCCUGGAGACCGAGAUGCCACCGCGAGUCCUGGCUGCAGCCACGCUGGUCAAAGGCCUCAGCUACAAGCACCCGGAGCUCUCGGCCCACCUGCUGGUGGCUGGAUGGGACCCUCAGAAUGGCGGGCAGGUGUACGUUACAAUGGGAGGAAUGUUGAACCGGCAGCCCGUUUCCAUUGGAGGGUCUGGAAGCACUUUCAUUCAUGGCUACGUGGAUGCGGCCUACAAAUCCGGGAUGAAUUCUGACGACUGUCGUGAAUUCACCAAAAACGGUAUCUGUGCGGUUGGGUCCAUUCUGGGUCG